AUGGCUGAAAAAAAGGGUAAUGGUAAAAAAGUUCCUCACAAAGUUAUGCGUUACUUCCCACUCACACCGAGACUAAAACGAUUAUAUUGCUCAAGACACACUGCGGAGGAUAUGCGGUGGCAUUACUCACAGAGACCAAAAGAAGACGGUGUGCUUAGGCAUCCUGCGGAUGCUGAAGAAUGGAAGCAAUUUGACCGCCUUUAUCCGUCUUUUGCUGUUGAACCAAGAAAUGUCAGACUGGGCUUGGCUACUGACGGUCCUUCAUCUCCUGGGAAAGACAUAGAUGUAUUCAUGAGAUCGUUAAUUGAUGAACUAAAACAGUUGUGGGAGACGGGUGUUGAAACCCGAGAUUCCUACAACGGAACUGUGUUUUCAAUGCGUGCGGCAGUGUUGUGGACAAUAAAUGAUUUUUCUGCUUAUGCUCUAAUGUCUGGUUGGAGCACAAAAGGGUAUAUGGCGUGUCCCACUUGCAAUGAACACACUCCUUCCAUUGGCCUAAAUAGUAAGAUUGGAUAUGUUGGCCACAGACGUUUUCUCGAAAUGAGUGAUCCGAGAAGGAGCAGCAAAAAGUACAAUGGUAAGCCUGAGAAGAGAGCACCACCUCCUGUAUUGACGGGGGAUGAUAUUUUAUCUCAAUUAAACCGAAUUCCAUUGAGUUUGCCUGGAAAACACAAACAGUUCGGGGGUGUGAAACGGAAGCGUUCUAGUGAAGAGCUAAAUUGCUUAGUAGGUACUCUUCUAAGUAUCGACGGGAAGUCAAAGGAUACCGACAAGGCGAGAAUGGAUUUGCAAGACUUGCAAAUACGACGUGAGUUGUGGUUGUAUGAAGACCGAAAUGGGAAGUGGAAAAAUCCUCCAGCUAGUUACACACUUAGUGUCCAAGAACGGAUUGAAUCUGCAGACUUCAUAAAGUCUGUACGAUUUCCGGACGGUUUCGCAGCAAACUUAGACAAAAAUGUAAAUUUGGAUACGGGCAAGAUUUUCAGGUUCAAAUCACAUGAUUGUCAUGUGUUGUUACAACGUUUACUACCAGAAGGUAUCCGUAAGUUCUUGAAAAAAGAAAUUCGGGACACAAUCAUUGAGCUGUGUGUGUAUUUCAAACAAUUAUGCUCAAGAACACUUAAUGUUUCGGAUUUAGAAAAAAUGCAAACAAAUAUUCUAACUAUUUUGUGCAAGUUAGAAACAAUUUUUCCACCGGCUUUCUUCGACAUAAUGGUUCACGUAGUUAUGCAUCUCCCUAAAGAAGCUAUACUAGGUGGACCGGUGCAGUACAGGUGGAUGUAUCCCAUUGAGCGGUCAAUGUCUGUGUACAUGCAAUAUGUCAGGAAUCGUGCCCGUCCGGAAGGCUCUAUUGCUGAAUCUUUUGUGGUUAAUGAGGCAUUAACAUUUUGCUCAAUGUACUUCCGAGAAGUGGAAACUCGAUUCAACAGUCCUGACCGGAAUAAUGACAUUGUCCAAAACAUGCCAACUCGAUAA